AUGUGUGAAAUAGUUGUCAACGAUUUGUUUGAUGAGAUUAUCAAUGAAAACAAUAGACUUUGCAAUCAAUUGGUGUUUGCAAUGAAAUGUUUGGAUGUUUUGCAAACAUUUGAGACAUUUAUUAGAAAAGUGAUGACAUUUAAGACAAUUAUCAUUAAUGAACAACAAUUGUCAUCACAAGACAUACAAACAUUGGAUCAAUUGGACAAUCAAUUACAAGAAGUGGUAACAGAAAUACCGAAAUGGAAAGAAAGAAAUAAAAAGUUUAUCAAAAUCUCGGACAAAGCAGAAGAAGUUGUCACUUACAUUAAUCAAUCGAUAACCAAAUGGCGAAUACUGAAGAAGUCAGACAUCGAGGCAAACAUUUUAUCGACUGAUAGACCGAUUGUCUUAAAGAAAAAUUUGAUUACAAUUAAUGAAUCAAAAGAUAUCAAUAAUUGUGAACAACAGACAAAUGAAAUCAAUAGACAAAUACAAGAAAAAAGAUUUCCCUGUUUUGUCAGAGACUGUCAUUUCAAUUGUCAUCAAAUCAAUGAUUUUGUCUUUCAUUUGCAGUCGUGUCACGCAAUCAUUCGUAAGAUGUGUACUCGUGAGGGAUGUAAUCAAUUAUUUAGUGAUUUACGUGAUUUUGAAAAACAUGUCUUCAAAUGUCAUAGUAAUGUCCGGAAAAGUGAUUGCAUUGUUGUCGACGAUAGCAAAAGAAAAAGACCAAAAAAGUUUGAAAUUGUAGAUCAAAUGAGUGAUGAUUCGCAUAAACUGUUGAAAGAGAUUGACUUUGAUUUUGAAAGUGAACGCAAAAAGACAUCACAAUUAUUGUACUCAAAGAAGACUUAUAGCAAACAGAAGACAACAGACAAUAAUUAUUGUUUUAAUGGAAAACAAUUCAAUUGUUUUGAAAACGAUUGCGAUUUUAAUAGCGAAGACAUUGACGAAUUGGUCGAUCAUCUGAAGUCCGAUCACUCUAUUGAUAGGUUGCGUUGUAUUGAAGAUGAUUGCUAUCAGCUUUUCUUUGACUUUGACGAUCUUCGGAAGCAUUUAUCAAAAAUUCAUAACAAAUUCAUCCGUAAUGUACCGCAAGUAAAGCUGUCAAACAUAGAGACCAAAGAUAUUCUCUUUGAUGAUCAAGUAAUUGCUAGUAAAGUAACCAAAAGAAUCAGUUUAUCGACAUCAGAGUCAAGACCGACGUCAACGGCGGUAAUCAAAAUGAGUAGUCGGCGACAGGUAUUUAAAUGUCAAUUUGAAGACUGCGGCAAACUAUACAUCAGUAAAGAAUGUCUGGACCAUCACAUACGCAAUUGUCACGAACCGGCGAGUGAUGGUCACCAGCAGCUGUCGUAUAGGUCACACAAAAUCGACGACAGCGACAGUACCUAUCGGCUCGAACGGCCAGAAGACAGUUACGAAGACGAAAACGGACAAAUACGCGAACGCGUCCGUCGAUACAAAUGCCCGCACGAGUCGUGUGGCCGCGGCUUCUUUACGCGAAACAAUUUGCGUAACCAUGUGCUUGGCGUGCACUGUACUGAACGUAAGUUUGUGUGCACAGUGGCCGGUUGCAGUUAUCGCGGGCCAACCAAAAAUUAUCUCCGCCAACACAUGAAGUCACACACAAUGCACCCGCGAAAGCCAAUGCCGACUACAAUGCUCUACUGCCAGUGGCCGGGAUGUAAGUACAAGACAGUACAGCCGUGUUCAAUGAGCGCGCAUAAGGUGACGCACAGUACCGAACGUAAGUGGCCGUGCAGUUGGCCCGGAUGUGACUAUCGGGCCAAACGAUGCCGCGAUUAUCGCAUGCAUAUGACAACACAUACCCAUAUCGAUAGUAACGUAGUGUGCGAUUGGCCAGAAUGUGACAAACGAUUUCGUACCGUAAAUGCUAUGCGUUUGCAUCAAAUCAUACAUAAGGGACAACUAAUAUCGUGUGAAUGGGAGGGCUGUCGGUAUAAAAGUAUACGUAAAGAUAAAAUCAAACGACAUGUCAAUACUGUGCACUUGAAAUUGAAACGAAAAUCGUAG